ACAUCCAGACUCUGCUGUGCGUUCAGAGGAGAAGCUACGCAAUCGCAUAGGGACCAACAGGUGUUGAAAAUGGAGAAAGACUACAGACCCCCUCCUUAUUCUGCACAGAGGGACCAGGCAGGCAUAAACUACCCUGGACAGCAGGCGGUGUAUCCACCUCAAGCAGGUCCUCAAGCUGCACCUUAUCAACCACCUCCAUAUGGGUUUGGGGAUCCAGCCAUCACUGUCCAGCCCACCAUCGUCCCUAUAGUUGCGCAGAUGGCGGUCGUGAAUCUCACUGAUAUACCGGGCCGCAUUACCUGUCCUCACUGCAUGACAGACAUCCUCACGGAAACAGAGCAUAUCAACGGAUUGCUCACCUGGUUAAUCUGCGGAGGCCUUGCGAUCUUUGCGUGCUGGCUCUGUUGUUGCAUCCCGUUCUGCGUGGACUCGUGCAAGGACGUGAAACACACCUGUCCUACCUGCAAGUCCAUCAUCCACAUUUACAAACGCAUGUAGCACAUGCUGCGCCAGAGAACAUGAAGACCCACCGAAAUAAGGAGAACUUUAAGGAAGCUGCCCAGAAAUCACUUUUUGCCUGAAGUAUUACAAAUUCAUAAAAUUCAAAGCGAUUCAAUUAAGAGCCAUUGACGAUAUUCUAAAGUCUAUUUAGUUACCUUUUAUUGUGAUUUCUCUAUACAUUUGUACACUUUAUGAGCAUAUAUAUAUAUGGAUAGUUGUUGCUCUGCACGUCUGUGUUGAAAUUUGUAAAGGCGUUCCAAGUGUGUUCACAAGUCUAUUGGUGAAGGGUACAGCAGAACCUGAUUUUGCUAAACGAGACAUGUUCCUGGAUUAACAUGUUUGUUGACCCUGGAUCAACAUUUUGAUUAGCCAAUCAGAUUUGAAGAACCUCUCUCUAGCUAAGUUUAGGCUUACAGUCUAGUGCUUGUACUAUAGACUGUAAAAAAGAUGCGUCUCCGCUUCCUUUUACUGUAGGAAAUUAAAGCCAGAUCCCAGUAUGGCCGCUGACAUCUUGAGUAAAUGACGUCAUUUGGAGCCAGAGUCUGCGCAGUAGAAAUUAGUUUGUAUUUUCAGGAGGUGGAGCCACGUCAAAAAUUGUACUGGAAGUGUAAUAAUUAUUAGUUUUUUUUAUUAUUCAAGUCCCAUUCGUUUACAUGGAGAGGGCGGGGUUUAUGACCUGUACUGCAGCCAAGUCUGAUUUUAGGCUUAACUUGUGGGUGAGGUUAGGUUUAGGUUUAGAGAUAUGAUCAAGACAAAAAUUUUGUAUAAAAAUGUGGUUCCAAGAACUCAAAAUCAGGACGUGUGAAGGGCACAUGCAAUGCUCACUUUAAGGAAAUCAUCUUAACUGUUAUAUGGUCACACUGGCGUAUGAUGAUGUUCAAUAGGCAAAUAAAUAAUAAAUAGGCUAUUUCUUAACCUUCACGAUCUAAACUUUUCUCAAAAUAUAUAGUUCUUUACGGUUUUGAUUAAGAGCUUUCCAUUUCACUAAAAUGUUCUUUAUAUUAUUUACGAACUUUAACAAAAACAUUAAAAG